CCUUUCCCAUUUGUUUUCCACCACCACCCCCUCUCUUGCGUGCACAUCCAAAGCUCCCAUCCUCCAAUCCCAAGUUUCCUCUUAUUCCCCCCCUCCAUACCAGGUUCUUCUUUCUUCUACCCAGGAAGGAAACUCUGAUUCUCUGCUAUUAUACAUAAUUAUCAAGAGAGAGAGAGAGAGAGAGAGAGAGAGAGAGAGAGAGUCUUCUCCUUUUCAAUGCUCAAAUAAGCUUACCCUCUCUCCUUGAGAACCCAAAAGAGCUCAUUGAAACAGAGGAAGAGUUUUGCUGAAGAGAUGGGUGUGAGAGCAAUCCAGUGUCUGAUCCUUCUUCUGGGCUUCCUCCUCUGUUCUGGUACACUUACUAAAGAUUCCGACGACACCGCGAUAAAACUCAAUGAUCCAACAGAAGAACCAGUGAUUCGAACCUCUGAUAAGAAUUUUACCCAUAGAUUGCUCUAUGAUGAUACUGAACUACAGUCCUCAGACACUCUGCCUCAAAUGGAUGUUGUCACCCCGAUCGCGACAGUUCCGGUGAUCAACCCCUCGAACCCCACCGCUACCAUGACGCCGACAUUCCCUUCCUACAACCCGAACCCCACCCCCGCUGCUUCGAACCCAGGUAAUCCCAUGAUGACCCCGGUCACGACCCCGUACUCCACGCCGACAACUGCCACACCGGUUUCGUCGGGCCAAAGCUGGUGCGUGGCGAGCCAGACCGCCUCGCAGACUGCGCUGCAGGUUGCUCUAGACUACGCUUGCGGAUAUGGGGGUGCAGAUUGUUCCGCGAUACAGCCGGGCGGGAGCUGUUACAAUCCUAACACGCUUCACGACCACGCGUCGUAUGCGUUCAACAAUUACUAUCAGAAGAACCCGAUCCCGACGAGUUGCGAUUUCGGCGGGACUGCGGUCAUUACCAACGUCGAUCCGAGUACUCAAACAUGCCAGUAUCCGUCGACAAGUACAAGUUCGUCGGUCCUUAAUACGACCUACCCGCCAGGAUCAACCGUGUUUGGAUCGAUCCCUCCGCCCUCAACCUACUCCGCCUCCACUCGAAUGAGCAUACCGACGUUCGUAGCAUUCGUUUGUCUCGUGAUUACGGUGAUCUCAUCAGAUGUCUACAAGUAGAGAUCAGAAACUCCCUAUAAGAAGAAGACGGUAAAUCGUUCACAGUAGCUCCUUCGGUUUUUUUUAUGCGGAAAAGGUGGAAUCCCAGAGACAAAUUCUUCUUCACACCUUAAAUUUUACCAUUUCCAGAGGGGAAUGUAGGCAAUCUCCAGUAGGUUUUAGUAUACCCUUUUUAACUCUUAGGAAGAAUAAAACAUUUCUUGCUUAUAGAUCCUUUAUAUGUACUAAUUUAUUCAGAAAUAUAUCAUCAGACCAUUAUUUGUUAAA